UUUGUAAAUCUUACAGCUCGGCAACUCCCCACCACAUUUCAAUUUUCAACACGCUCCCACAGCCAUCGGCGGCCUAAAGACUAGUACUAUAAUACAGCGCAGGAAAAACAAUACCACACUCCAAUUUUCUAUCUCUCUGUUCUCCUCCUUUUUAUUUCCUAGAAGAUUCACAAAGAGCAAGAAAAGGUGAAAAAGUUUCAAUCUUGACCUUUGUUCUUGUAUAUCAAAUCUAAAGUUUUGAUCUUUUUUCUUAGUUAGUGUAAAAUUUGCAUUAGAUUGGGUUGAAUUCUUGAUUUGAGGAUAAGACUAUGGGGUUUGCUAAAGAUGAAGCAAGUUCAUCAUCCUAUGUAUUGAGCAUCCCAAGAGAAGAUACACCACUUUUAGGCAAGAUUCAACACCUUUCUUCUCCUUCAAAAACUUUUGCUAAUAUUUUCAUAGCAAUAGUUGGAGCUGGAGUUCUUGGUCUUCCUUACACUUUCAAGAGAACUGGAUGGGUUUUAGGUUCAAUCAUGCUUUUCUCAGUUGCUUUUCUUACCUACCAUUGUAUGAUGCUUUUGGUUUAUUCAAGGCGUAGGAUUGAAUCCCAACUCAAAGCUGCAAAAGUUUCAUCUUUUGGUGACUUGGGAUUUGCUGUGUGUGGACCUGUGGGUAGAUUUGCUGUUGAUGCUAUGAUUGUUCUAUCCCAAGCUGGAUUUUGUAUCAGCUACUUGAUUUUUGUAGCUAAUACUUUAGCAUACUUGUUUAAUUAUUCCAUCACAAAACCAGAUCCCAAAAUCUUGGGAUUUUCACCCAAAUCAGUGUAUAUUUGGAGCUGUUUCCCAUUCCAGUUGGGGUUGAAUUCAAUUCCAACACUGACCCUUUUAGCCCCUUUGAGCAUAUUUGCUGAUAUUGUUGAUUUAGGAGCUAUGGGUGUAGUGAUGGUUGAGGAUGUAAUGAUUUACCUUACAAACAGACCAGUUCUUGAAAUGUUUGGUGGGUUUAAUGUGUUUUUCUAUGGUCUUGGUGUUGCUGUGUAUGCUUUUGAAGGGAUUGGAAUGGUUUUGCCUCUGGAAUCAGAGACAAGAGACAAGGACAAAUUUGGGAAAAUCUUGGGUUUGGCAAUGGCUUUCAUAUCUUUGAUGUUUGGUGCUUUUGGAAUAUUAGGUUACUUUGCUUUUGGAGAAGAUACUAAGGAUAUAAUCACUACAAAUCUUGGGCAAGGUUUGCUCAGCAGUUUGGUUCAAAUUGGCCUUUGCAUAAACUUGUUUUUAACUUUCCCACUGAUGAUGAAUCCAGUUUAUGAAGUGAUGGAAAGGAGAUUUUGUGAAGGCAGUUACUGCUUGUGGAUUAGAUGGCUUGUGGUUUUGGCAGUGACUUUUGUGGCAUUAGUGGUGCCUAAUUUUGCUGAUUUCUUGUCACUUGUUGGGAGCAGUGUGUGUAUUAUUUUGGGGUUUGUUUUGCCUGCUUUGUUUCACCUGAUUGUGUUUAAGGAUGAGCUGAGCUGGAAUGGUUUGGCCUUUGAUUCUGCUCUUAUUGUUAUGGGCACAGUUUUUGCAGUCUAUGGCACCUCUUCUUCCCUGAUGGAGAUCUUAGCAAAAAAGGCAUAACUUUUUCCAUAGCAUUUCAGAAGAUACAUGAAGGGGAGCCUUGGCGUAACCGGUAAAGUUGUUGCCAUGUGAUCAUGAAUGGUCACGGAUUCCAGCCGUGGAGACAACCUCUUUAGAAAUAUAGGGUAAGGCUGCGUACAAUAGACCUUGUGGUCCGGCCCUUCCCCGGACCCGAGCUUAGUGCACCGGGCUGCGUACAAUAUUAUGAACUCUUGCUUUAGAUUGAGUUCAGACUACUUUUUUAAGAGAUUAUUUUCAUUCCUAAGCAAAGAGUAAGCUCACUCUUUGUUCUUGUUAGUAAUAAGUAUGUUAGGCUAUCCUUUCUCAAAUGAUAUAAAGGAUUAUUGUGAGUAAGUGUGAGGGUCAUAUUCUUGUGUAUUAAUUAUUGCAAUGCAAAGUGUUAUUAGUUUGCUCAAUUGGCCAA